CCCACCGCACAAAAACAGGGAGAAAAAACCCAAAGAAAUCGACCGGGAGAAAAGGAGAAAAAAAAAAGAGGGUAGGAGGAAAAGCUUCCGAGCUCGGGAUCGGCGAUGGAGGUGGGAUCGAAGGCGAAGAAGGGCGGCGCGGCGGGGCGUCCCCGCGGCGGCCCGAAGAAGAAGCCUGUCUCACGCUCCGUCAAGGCUGGCCUCCAGUUCCCCGUUGGCCGCAUCGGGCGCUACCUCAAGCUCGGGCGCUAUGCCAAGCGCGUCGGCACCGGCGCGCCAGUCUACCUCGCCGCCGUCCUCGAGUACCUCGCCGCCGAGGUCCUCGAGCUGGCGGGGAACGCUGCGCGGGACAACAAGAGGAACCGGAUCAUCCCGCGGCACGUGCUGCUCGCGAUCCGUAACGACGAGGAGCUCGGGAAGCUGCUGGCCGGCGUCACCAUCGCGUACGGAGGGGUGCUGCCCAACAUCAACCCCGUCCUGCUUCCCAAGAAGACCGCCGCCGCGGCUGCCAAGGAAGCCAAGCCGGGCAAGGAGGCCACAGCCAAGUCUCCCAGGAAGGCCACCGCCAAGUCGCCCAAGAAGGCGGACGCCUCUUAGGCCCGGGAAGUGCAAUGCCGGUGCCCCGUCUCCCUCCCUCGCUCCCUCCCUCCCUCUUCCCCGUCCACCUGAGUCGUCGUCGUCAUCAAUUCGUCGUUGCGUGCUAUCGUUGUCAUGGAUCAAUUGCUCCUCGUUUGAACUUCAAUUACGUCGCGUUUAGCUUCCGAUCAGCUUGUACUAUGUAGCUUAACAUUGGUGUAGGUUCGGGGAGUGUGUAGGGCGAGGGACGGGUUGGGAGGAGGAAACUGUGAAUCGCUUGGCGUUGUUUGUAAUAAUGUUGUGAAGAUUUGGAAAAUUAAGGGCUUCUAUUCUGAUUGCCUAUAUGUGCUUUUGCUGCGUGCUUGUAGUGA